AUGAUGACGACUGACUUUUCACGGCGUCUCUCUGCUGGGUCCAGAGAGCAUCAUCCUUCUGAGUCAGAUUGCUAUAGUCUUUCAACUUCACCUACCUCCACAAUGUCGAUCGCUAGUCUACAAGAGGCUCGGCUUCGGGAAGAUAUGGAGCUGGGACGCCACAGUCCCCGAGCCGCUGUGGCAGGGCGGUUUGGGCAGCUAGCGAUCCGAGGGGAGCGGCCAGGCGAGCGCGAGUUACAGAACCCUGACCUGGCUCAGAACAACAUGCUGGAGGCCCAUGAGUCUUCGCUGGGAGACAUUCAGGAGGAUUUGCCCGCGAGUGAACCUGCAGACACACACGCGGUGUUUGACGUCGACAUGCAGCCACAGCCUGGAUCGCCCCCCACAUCUACAGAUCGUCUAUCAACUCCUCCAGCUACGUCUCCGAAGAAAAAGCGGACGCCCUCUCGCAAGCCCACAGUACGAGCAUCACCCUCAAAAAAUCGCAAGAAGCGAUUUUCACCUCCACCUCCGCGGUCAUCCCUUGAAGACCCUUUCACGUGGCAUGACUACGAGAUCACAGGCCAUGAUCCUUCAGAUCCAACGGACGACGGGUACGGGAUCAAUGGCGUAGGAUUCAAGCCUACCGCAGCCAUGGCAUGGGCAAGAUCGCAAAAACGCCAGAAGCAAGUUUUGGAGUGGAAGAAUCGUGAAGCGCGUGAAGCGCGUGAGAAAAGGCGAGAGAGAAGAGAUGAUGGGGUCAAUCUUGACCCAAUCCACAGCAUUCGACAGGGCUCUAUUCAGAAACGAGUCAAGUUUGACGUCUAA